AUGCUCAUCUUUCUUUACACACUUCUGCCUUUCUAUCAUCUAUAUACCAAGGCAGAAAACACUAUUUGCCAAAUGAUGGGAGACCCUAAAUAUCCGCUGCUUUCCAAGGAUGGAGACAUAAUCAUUGGAGCACUUUUUGUUAUCCACUCUGAAGUAUCAUUACCUUCAUUUGAAUUUACACAAAAACCUCAGCAUAUAUUAUGCUCCAGUGUGAAUAUAAAAGAUUUUCGGCUGGCUCAAACCAUGAUCUUUGCUAUAGAGGAGAUUAACAAAAGUAAAAGUUUGCUCCCAAAUGUUUCUGUUGGCUAUAAAAUUUAUGAUACCUGUGGUUCAAGACUGUGUUCUAUGAGUGCAACUAUGGGAUUGAUGAAUGGUUUAGAGUUUGCAGCAAGAGACAUAUGCACUGGGCAAUCUCCUAUACAUGCCAUCAUAGGAGAAACAGAGUCUUCCAACACAGUGAUUUUGUCUAGAACCACAGAACCUUUUAAAAUUCCAGUGAUAAGUCCCUCAGCCACAUGUGACUGUCUUAGCAAUAGGAAAGAUUAUCCAUCUUUCUUCAGGACAAUUGCUAGUGAUUACCACCAGAGCAGAGCACUUGCAUACAUAGUCAAGCACUUUGGCUGGUCUUGGGUGGGAGCUGUGAACAGUGACAAUGACUAUGGAAACAAUGGAAUGGCCAUAUUUCUGAAAACAGCUGAAGAAGAAGGGAUUUGUGUGGAGUACUCUGUGAAAUUCUUGAGGACAGAGCCUGAAAAAAUUAGAAAUGUAGUGGAUAUCAUAAAACAAGGCACAACUAAAGUAAUUGUUGCAUUUCUUACCGGUUUUGAGAUGAAAAGUCUGCUCGAGCAGCUACGUAUACAGAACAUUGCAGGUCUCCAAAUGAUUGGUGUAGAGGCAUGGAUAACUUCAAAAAGUUUGAUGACUCCAAACAGUUUUCAUGUGCUGGGAGGGUCACUGGGUUUUGCAGUUAGAAAAAUUCAAAUUGAAGGGUUUGCAGAUUAUGUUGUGAAAGCAUUCUGGGAUACAGCUUUUCCAUGCUCUUUUAAUGCUGAAUUAAAUUGCAGUCAAUAUCAGGAUCUAUUUGUGGUCAAAAACUAUAAUGAAGAUGUGCCUGAACAAAGAUUUCCAAGCUAUGUCUACAAAGCAGUUUAUGCUGUGGCUCAUUCACUACACAGUCUACUCAAGUGCAGAGAACAAAAUGGUUGUGAAAAAGACCUGACAAUACAACCACAUCAGGUGGUUGAGGCCUUGAAAAAGGUCAAUUUUACUGUAAAGAUGGGAGAUCGUGUGUGGUUUGACAGCACUGGUGGUGCAGUGGCCCAGUAUGAAGUUGUGAACUGGCAGCAGAACCUAGAUGGAUCAUUCCAAUUUAAAUCAGUGGGAUACUAUGAUGCCUCAUUGCCCCCUGAUCAGCGCUUUGUUAUUAACACUAAAAACAUAAUCUGGGCCAGAGGACAACUGGAGAAGCCAAGGUCUGUGUGCAGUGAGAGCUGUCCUCCAGGCACUAGGAAGGCUGCACAAAAAGGAAGACCUGUCUGCUGUUAUGAUUGUAUUCCAUGUGCAGAAGGAGAAAUCAGUAAUGAGACAGAUUCAAUUAACUGCAAGCAGUGUCCAGGGGAAUACUGGUCAAAUGCUGAGAAAAAUAAAUGUGUAUUAAAGGCAGUAGAAUUUCUGUCAUUCACAGAAGUUAUGGGUAUAGUGCUUGUCUUUUUCUCACUCUUUGGAGUGGGAUUAACUGUGCUGGUGGCCAUCCUGUUUUACAGUAAGAAGGACACCCCCAUAGUAAAAGCCAACAACUCAGAACUGAGCUUCCUGCUGCUCUUCUCUUUGACUCUGUGUUUCCUCUGUUCACUUACUUUCAUUGGUCGGCCUACUGAGUUGUCCUGUAUGUUGCGUCACACAAUGUUUGGGAUCACUUUUGUUCUCUGUAUCUCCUGUGUUCUGGGGAAGACAAUAGUGGUGUUAAUGGCCUUCAAAGCUACACUUCCAAGAAGUAAUGUCAUGAAAAGGUUUGGGCCUGCACAACAACGAAUUAGUAUUCUUGCAUUUACACUUAUACAGGUUCUUAUCUGUGUGCUGUGGCUAACAAUAUCCCCUCCAUUUCCCUACAAAAAUAUGAAAUAUUAUAAGGAAAAGAUCAUUUUUGAGUGCAGUCUGGGUUCUACAUUAGGUUUCUCUGCUGUGCUAGGUUAUAUUGGUCUACUGGCAGUCGUGUGCUUCAUGUUGGCUUUUCUGGCUCACACACUGCCUGAUAACUUCAAUGAAGCCAAAUUCAUCACAUUCAGUAUGCUCAUAUUUUGUGCUGUAUGGAUCACAUUUAUUCCAGCUUAUGUCAGUUCUCCUGGAAAAUUUAUUGUAGCUGUGGAGAUAUUUGCCAUUUUAUCCUCAAGCUUUGGUUUACUAUUUUGCAUAUUUGCACCUAAAUGUUACAUCAUCCUACUCAAACCUGAACAAAACACAAAGCAACACAUAAUGGGAAAAACAUCAUCUUAA